GCGGAUCCGAGAAGUGGAGGUGUGAGCUUCGUCACUGCAAGUCUCAUGGCAACGACCUCUCCUGCUACUGCUUCCAAGUCUUCCAGUCAAUGUUUGCACACCACCACCACUGCUCCCAACUCUCACUUGUUCUUCAAAACAGUCUUUCUUCAAGACUGGUGGCUGGUUAAGUCUGAUCGUGACUUCCAUGGAAAAAGAUUAGCUGUUGGAGGGAUUGCUUUCAGAGAGCGGCAUGCGAUUAGAGUAUUCUGCUCUGCACCAAUUGUUAAAAGGCUUGAUACCUUUACACUUGAGACAUCAGAUGGCAUCACAAUUGCAAUUAAGAGCCCUAUCAACUGGUCCCGCACAAAUCAGAAUGGUUUUUCUAUGGAGGUCUGCCAUCACUUCCUGAAUGGCUUUCCCCAUUACUGGGAAGACUACAUUGCCCAGUAUUUUAUUACAUGCACUCGAGGUGUUCCAACAAAUGUUUCUGAUUUUAAUGAGAAUAUCAUACACUCUUUUGAUGUCCGGACCAGUUGCAAUGAUUCCAAAAACCCUGGGAUGUCAAUUCAUUCAUUUCUGACUAGAUCUAGUGCAUUCAUGAUGGGGGCUUGCUUCGGGGAGGAAACUGCAAGUAGAUGUCAGAAAGCCAAGAUUGAAAACAAGUAUGAGGUUGGCAAGGAUUUUGUUGAUCCAGAAAACGGUGUAGAAAGCACAAGAGUACUAUUUUCAGACCAACAAAAUAAUAUCAAUAGUGAUGGUUUGAAAGAGCCUGAAAGUAUAGUCUCAGAAAGAAACUCUAUCAUGAAAUCAUAUGGCACCACUGAUGAUGUUGCUGACAAUUCAAUAUUGCUGGAAAGUACAGAAGUUAACCUGCUUGAGGUAGAGCUGCAGAUGCCAAACUCAACUUCAAAUAAAGAUGAAGUUGGUGGAACUGAGUCAAUUUUGGAAUUGUCGAAGAGAAAAGGUAAGAGUAACUCAGGACAGAAGAGUCUAUGCCAGCGAUGCUCGCCCAAGAGGUUGGACAGUUUAAAGUGCGACAUGAAAGAUAAGAAUAAAACCAAGUGUGGCUCCAAUUGGAAUGUUUCAAGUCAUGUUGAAGAGAAAUCAUGUUGUGGUAAUAGUUCAAGCAUGGGUAGUAGUGGUCUUGAAGAGACCAUAGAUAAAUCUUUUUCAAAAGUUAGGAAGGUACAUGAUAGAAGACCAAAAAGACCCAGUGAUUCCAUUGUCAGAAGAUCAAGUACUAGGAUCAGGAAUUUACAGAAAAAAUUGAAAUAGACAUGAAAACUGACUAUGCUUUCAAUGGGUUCUGGUUUUAUUGUAAAUGCUAUUAAAUAGGUAUCAUGUAUAUGGGACACACGUUGGUUCUUAUCUUUUUGUUGUUCAACUUGCAGAGUAUGCACAAAUUAUAGGAAAGUUGCACUAUUGCAACAUGUUGGUCACA